UAAUAGACUAUGUCUCAUAAAAAAAGAGAAAGGAAGAAAGAAUAGGUACAAACGUCUGUACAGUACUAUGUAAAAACAGAUGGAAAGCAAAUGUUAAUUUUUCCAGCCUUAAGACACCAAUUUCACAUUUAAAAUGUGGAUUUUUCAAAUACACUUUUAAAGCACACGACAGCACAUUAUUCUGCAUUAUUACUGCAUUUCAAGUGGAAAUUUAAAAGUUGAAGAAGCAUGUCUAUCUUCUGGGGGCGGCAAAAAAGUAAAUUUAACCCAGUUUUCUCCACGAUUCCAUCCCCUCCCCAAAAGGUGGGCUAGGACCCGGAUCACAUGACCGCUCCCCCAACUCCGGGCGGAAGAGCAUAGCUGGGACAAUGGGAAGCGCCUUGAAAGCGGGUGGGAGGGAUUUCGUGCCCAGCUGAAAGAUGGCUGCCGCAGCUGGGCAGCCCGCACCGGAGAGGUUACUCUAGAUCCCUCAGCUUCUGUCCGUUCCCGCCGACCGUCGCCUCCUUACCAUGAAGCCAGUGAGCCGCCGUACCCUGGACUGGAUUUAUUCAGUGUUGCUGUUUGCAGUCGUUUUACUCUCCUGGGGAUACGUCAUCUAUGCAUCAACGGUAGUUGCACAGCGACAGCUAAGGAAGAAAUACCCAGACAAAAUCUUCGGGAUGAAUGAAAAUUUGUAACUCUUCUAGUAUUCUCUCUACAGUUUUUUCCCUCAUGUUUAUAUGACACCUCUGUAGACUUAAAAUUCAC